UCCACGCAGACUACGCGGACAAGCCCCUGGAGAAGCCGCUGAAGCUGGUCCUGAAGGUCGGAGGCAGCGAAGUGACUGAGCUCUCGGGGUCUGGCCACGACUCCAGUUACUACGACGACAGGUCCGACCACGAGCGAGAGAGACACAGGGAGAAAAAGAAGAAGAAGAAGAAGAAGUCGGAGAAAGAGAAGCAUCUUGACGACGAGGAGCGCAGGAAGCGGAAGGAAGAGAAGAAGCGGAAACGGGAGAAGGAACACUGUGACACAGAGGGCGAGGCCGAUGACUUCGAUCCCGGGAAGAAGGUGGAGGUGGAGCCACCCCCUGAUCGGCCGGUCCGAGCCUGCCGGACGCAGCCAGCUGAGAAUGAGAGCACACCUAUUCAGCAGCUACUGGAACACUUUCUCCGCCAGCUCCAGAGGAAAGAUCCUCAUGGAUUUUUUGCAUUUCCCGUCACGGAUGCAAUUGCUCCUGGAUAUUCGAUGAUUAUAAAACACCCCAUGGAUUUUGGCACGAUGAAAGACAAAAUUGUAGCUAAUGAAUACAAAUCCGUCACGGAGUUUAAGGCUGAUUUCAAGCUGAUGUGUGACAACGCGAUGACCUACAACAGGCCAGACACCGUGUACUACAAGUUAGCCAAGAAGAUCCUUCACGCAGGCUUCAAGAUGAUGAGCAAAGAGCGGCUGUUAGCUUUGAAGCGCAGCAUGUCGUUUAUGCAGGACAUGGAUUUUUCUCAGCAGGCAGCUCUUCUGGGCAAUGAAGACCCAGCUGUUGAGGAACCUGUUCCCGAGGUUGCGCCAGUACAAGUAGAAACUGCCAAGAAAUCCAAAAAGCCGAGUAGAGAAGCCAUCAGCUGUGUAUUUGAGCCAGAAGGGAAUGCCUGCAGCCUGACAGAUAGCACAGCAGAGGAGCACGUGCUGGCACUGGUAGAGCACGCGGCCGACGAGGCUCGGGACAGGCUCAGCCGAUUCCUCCCAGGAGGCAAGAUUGGCUACCUGAAGAGGAGCGGGGACGGCAGCCUGCUGUACAGUGUGGUCAACACGGCCGAGCCGGACGCUGAUGAGGAGGAGGCCCACCCGGUGGACUUGAGCUCGCUCUCCAGCAAGCUGCUGCCGGGCUUCACCACACUGGGCUUCAAGGACGAGAGGAGGAGCAGAGUCACAUUUCUCUCCAGUGCCAGCACCGCGCUUUCAAUGCAGAACAAUUCAGUGUUUGGCGAUUUGAAGUCGGAUGAGAUGGAGCUGCUGUACUCGGCCUACGGAGACGAGACAGGCGUGCAGUGCGCACUGAGCCUGCAGGAGUUUGUGAAGGAUGCUGGGAGCUACAGCAAGAAAAUGGUGGAUGACCUCCUGGACCAGAUCACCGGAGGAGACCACUCAAGGAUGCUCUUCCAGCUGAAGCAGAGAAGAAAUGUUCCCAUGAAGCCUCCAGAUGAAGCCAAGGUCGGGGAUGCCCUAGGAGAUGGCAGCAGCUCUGUUCUGGACUUCAUGUCCAUAAAGCCGUAUCCUGAUGUGUCUCUGGACAUCUCCAUGCUCAGCUCUCUGGGGAAGGUGAAGAAAGAGCUGGACCACGAUGACAGCCACUUGAACUUGGACGAGACCACCAAGCUGCUGCAGGACCUGCACGAGGCGCAGGCAGAACGCGGUGGUUCCCGGCCAUCGUCCAACCUCAGCUCCCUGUCCAACGCCUCCGAGAGGGACCAGCACCAUCUGGGAAGCCCUUCUCGCCUCAGCAUCGGGGAGCAGCCAGAUGUCACCCAUGACCCGUAUGAGUUUCUUCAGUCCCCGGAGCCUGCGGCCUCUACAAAGAACUAACCCUGAGCCUGAGUGGGACAUGUAUGCUGCUGGAAGGAGUCAACAGCCUGUGGUGACAGUGACGUACUGGGUGUCCACGACACGACUUGUAGCCGGGAGUGUUUGCCGGAUACCCGUGUGCAUUUGCAAAAUGCCAAAAGCACAGACCUUAGGAAAAGGUUGAGGGUGCCUCUCAUGGGUCUUCCCCACAGAUGGCUUUGCAACUCCCAGCUGGUAGUGUCUUUGCAGCCAGGUGUCACCCCCAAGGUGAAGUUCAGUGCAACUGUGUGGCCCGGCACAGCCUCUGAUGAGAUACCUAUUUCUCACUUAUGGGAAUGUGGAGGUCGCAGCAGCAGUGAGGUGCCAUCUUGGAAGCAGAGAGCAGCCCUCCCCAGACGCCACACUUGCCCAUGCCAGAACUUGGACUUCCAGCCCUCAGAACGGCGAGAAAUAAAUUUCUGUUCUUUAACAUCA